AUGCGGAGCCUCUCCUCUCUCUCGCGGCGGCCGUCGCCGAUGUUGCUGCUGCUGCUGUCGCCGUGGUCAGUCUGGGCCCAGUUGUCGGCCGCGGCCGCCUCCUCGGGAACCCCAGGCACCCCGGACUGCCCGGAGGCGUGCGCGUGCGCGCCGGGCGGCCAGGCCAACUGCUCGAGGCGCGCGCUGCCCGCCGUGCCUGCGGGCCUGAGCCGGCGCGUGCGCGCGCUGCUGCUGGACCAUAACCGUGUGCGCGCGCUGCCGCCCGGCGCUUUCGUGGGCGCUGACACGCUGCUGCGCCUGGACCUGCGCGAGAACGGGCUGCGCUGGGUGCACGCGCGGGCCUUCUGGAGCUUGGGCGCGCUGCAGCAGCUCGACCUCAGCGCCAACCAGUUGGAGGCGCUGGCGCCCGGCACCUUUUCGCCCUUGCGCGCGCUGCGUUCCCUCUCGCUGGCAGGCAAUCGGCUGGCGCGCCUGGAGCCGGCGGCGCUGGGCGCGCUCCCGCUGCUGUACGCGCUCAGCCUGCAGGACAACGAGCUGCCUGCGCUCGCGCCGGGACUGCUGGCCGGCCUGCCCGCUCUCCGCGCACUGCGCCUGCGCGGCAACCCUUGGGUCUGCGGCUGCGCGCUGCGUCCGCUCUGCUCCUGGCUGCGCCGGCACCCGCGGCCGGCGCCAGAGGCCGAGACGCUGCUCUGCGUGUUGCCAGGGCGCCUGACGCUCAGACCCUUGACCGCCUUAACGGACGCCGCCUUCAGCCACUGCGCGCAGCGGCUCGCCCCCCGGGACCUGGCUGUGGUCUACGCGCUCGGGCCCGUCUCCUUUCUCGCCAGCCUGGCCGCCUGCCUGGCGCUGGGCUCCGUGCUCACCGCCUGCCGCACGCGCCGCUGGCGCGCCACCGCCCUCGGCCCGCUGAGGAGAGCGCUGGACCCUGGCCCCGGGAGCCCCGCGGCCGCUGCUCAGGACUGAGCGGGCCUUGGCUGUUCUCGAAUCUUCCCCUGUCCCCUGCCCUUCUUCACUCUCCCUGCAGGCGUCAACAAGCGACACAGACAAA